UCCCCUCCCCCUUCAUUCCCCCUCUUCCAUCGGGAGUUUGAGACCCAAAAAAGGAGUAGCAGUGAGAGCUUUCCAUCGGCUCUUUGCCUCUCUUAUUUUUCUCUCUUUCUCGCUUUCCCCUUAGAGAUGAAAGUCCCAGUUCCAGCCCAAAACAACCAUUCUCCAAACCCUAAACCGCUUUCUUGUAACAAUACCACCCGGAAUACCGCUUUUCGGAGCCCUGCUACUGAUACUAUCAACCUGUGCUACGAGCCUACCUCUGUUCUCGACCUUCGCCGCAGCCCUAGCCCUGUGGCGGAUAAGGCGGCCACGUUUCCCGGAAUUACUGCCGUCUCCGACGUGUCGUUGCCACAGUCGGAGGAGCCUGGUUUUCAGUGGGAAGACCAUGGGAUGCAUAAUUUGGAUGAUUGGGAUCCUACCGUGUGGGAUUUCGUAUUGCGUGAUGACUCUGCCCCUGUCUUCGGGAGUGUUCCUCAGUUGGGUCCCUGCGACCCUCAAUUCCCACACCUCCCUCUCCCUGACCUCCCACCUUCCCAACCCAUCUAUCAUACUCAGCUUCUUCCUUUCGAUUUUACUCUCUCUGAAAUUUCUUCCAAUCAAAACCACAACUUCAAUCUCAACUCUUUCCACUGGAACGUUGGCUCCGAGUUUGUGGAGGAGCUUAUUCGAGCAGCCGAGUGCUUUGGAUCCAACAACUCACAGCUCGCUCAGGCGAUAUUGGCGCGGCUCAAUCAACGGUUGCGAGCUCCGGUGGGAAAACCACUACAGAGAGCUGCCUUCUACUUCAAAGAAGCUCUCCACUCUCUCCUAACUGGCUCCAACCGGAAGUCUCAUUCGUCGGCAUCGGAGAUCGUUCAGACAAUAAAAGCGUACAAGGCCUUCUCCAUGAUCUCUCCUAUCGCUAUGUUCUCCAACUUCACCGCCAGCCAAGCACUCCUCGAAGCUGUCGAUGGAUCACUCUUCAUUCAUAUCAUAGAUUUCGACAUCGGACUCGGAGGUCAGUAUGCCUCUUUCAUGAAAGAGAUUGCGGACAGGUCAGAGGCUUGCAAAGUCAAUCCUCCUGUUCUUCGAAUCACCGCUGUCGUGCCCGAAGAGUACGCAGUUGAGAGCAGAUUGAUCAAAGAGAAUUUGUUUCAGUUCGCUCAAGAGCUCAAAAUAGAAUUCCGUAUUGAGUUCGUGCCGAUUCCUACUUUCGAGGUUCUAUCAUUCAAAGCGGUCGAGUUCAUCGACGGAGAAAAGACUGCUGUUAAUAUAUCGCCGGCGAUAUUCCGACGUCUCGGUACCACCAAUAAUAUCGCCGGAUUUUUCUGCGAUCUCCGGCGGAUUUCCCCACAAGUUGUCGUGUUUGUAGACGGCGAAGGGUGGACCGAUAGCGGAGCGGCGUCGUUUAACCGGAAUUUCAUCAACGGCCUUGAAUUCUACGCAGUGAUGCUGGAAUCACUGGACGCUGGUGGCGCUGGCGCCGGCGGUGAUUGGAUUCGUAAGAUUGAGAUGUCCCUGAUUCAGCCGAAGAUAUUUGCGGCUGUGGGAGAUGUGGGACGGCGGGUGACGGCGUGGAGGGAGCUGUUUUCCGGCGCGGGGUUGGGGCAGGUGCAGUGGAGCCAGUUCGCGGAGUCUCAAGCAGAGUGCCUACUGGGGAAGUCACAGGUAAGGGGCUUCCACGUGGCAAAGCGGCAGGCUGAGAUGUUGCUUUGCUGGAAGGGGAAACAAUUGGUGGCCACGUCAGCAUGGAGGUGGUUGUGACAAUUUGCGGCACUGGCGGUGGUAGUAGUGGGGAAGUGGCUAAAAAAACAUAUAACAUAUGCAGGGCGACCGGGUUUUUUUGUUUUUAUGUAUGGUAGUCUGUAAGUCGGUGUCUAUUUGGAUUAGAACUCCCUGUCCUCUUCAACCAUGUCUGGUUUCUAAACUAACUAGCUCCAGAGAUUAGACCAUUCCUGGUCAACCCUACUGGUCGAGCUAUCUGUCAUCUCUGUCUUUUUGUUUUUGAAAAUGCAUGGAAGUAAUUGGUUGCAACUUAUUUUUAUUGUAGACAAUAAGAACAUCCAUUGGUUGUUGUUGUAAAA